CCAUACUAUCUCUCACCAUACCCGCGGUGACGAUACCGAAGGAACCAGCGGGCGCUGCAUUGGUAUUCCCGAGACGAUACCCCCGGUCCAAGGGCGGAGUCGCCGCCGCGGCCAAGGGGUACUUCCUCUUCUCUCUCUGCAGGCAAACAUCCGUUUCCACUCUCGAUAACGUUAUCCCAGCUAUCCCACCGUGAUUCCAUGGCCGACCCCUCUAACGACGAUCUAGACCAACUCCUUGACAGUGCUUUGGACGACUUCACCAAGCUUGAUCUCGCUCCCUCUCAAAGAAGCGGUGGUGUUGGAGAUGGGAAAGGAGGUGGGGAAGAGGGAAGGGCUUCUUUGCCCCCUUCUUCUUCGGUGCAGGGAUUGGGGAUGGGGCUGCCAGACCUGAAGGCGAGGAGGAAGGGGAAGCAGCGGGCUUCUCCCCAGGGAUCUCACGCCUCCGAGGCGCUCGAGAAAUUGACUCAGCAGACCCGCGAAGCCGUCCGGGGGCUGGAGUCUGCCACCGCCGCGGCCCCGACAGGCGAGGGUGGUUUGGAUAGCGAGGCCAUGGUCGAGGAUUUUGUCAAGCAGUUCGAGGAGCUCGCUGGGUCUCAGGACAUGGAAUCCAUUGUUGAAACUAUGAUGCAACAACUUUUGUCCAAGGAGAUUCUUCAUGAACCUAUGAAGGAAAUUGGAGAAAGAUAUCCAAAGUGGUUGGAGGAGCACAAAAAUGGAUUGAACCAGGAAGAAUACGAUCGCUAUUAUCGCCAAUAUGAGCUCAUAUUGAAGCUGAAUGAUGUAUAUGAAAAUGAGCCUGAAAAUUUCUCUAAGAUUGUUGAUCUUAUGCAGAACAUGCAGGAAUGUGGCCAACCUCCCAAUGAUAUUGUUCAAGAGCUUGCCCCUGAUCUUGAUCUAAACAAUCUGGGCCAAAUAUCACCAGAGCUGCUCCAGUCUACAUCCAAUUGCUGUGUAAUGUGAAUUGGGCAUUGCCUCUCAGUAUAGAAAACUUUUUGCUUCUUUUUCUUCUUUCUGGAUGUCGAAAAUAAGUUGGUUUCACUUCAAUGUUUGUUUCCUCUCUUUGAUUUUUUCACAUGAAAAAUUUUAUCAGUGUAGCAUAGUUUAUUAUGUUAAUGCUUUUCAGUUUAUAGUA